AGGAUGAGUCUGAGUUAAUGGCAAGAUAAUAUCAGACACGUACAUCCUUUUUAUAUCUCAGGAUGGAGACUCAAUUAACGGCUAAUUAAAACGACAAAAGCAUUAUCCCCGAUGGUUUCACAACUACUGUAGUAUAUAAAUAUUCAUACCGCAUGUCAAUCUUCUUACUCUAGCAUUCCUCGUCCUGCCCUCUAAAAACAAAAGAAAGAAAGAAGAGAAAAAUGAGUAAUAAGUUACACAAUAGUAGUAGACAUUCAUUUCUACUGGCUUGGCAUUCCUCCAACCUCGCGAUUUUACACGAAGCAAUCAGAAUAAUCCCGAGAUAUAUCGUCGCCAUUGUCGUGGAAAUUCUGCGAGGCCUCCUCGUGAUCCUCCUCCUGGGCUUCGUCCUCCACCUCGCCGGCGGCGACCGCCACCCGCCGCCGGGGCCGAUCGCCUGCGCGCGCGGCGGAACAUCCGGCGGCUGCACGGUCACGAACAUCUACGGCUCCUUCCCCGACCGCGCCGCCUGCCGCGCGGCCGGCGUCGCGUACCCGCGCACCGAGGAGGAGCUCGUGGCGGCCGUGGCGGCGGCGGCGGCGGCGGGGCGGAAGGCGAAGGCCGCCACCAGGUACUCCAACAGCUUCCCGCGGCUGGCGUGCCCCGGCGGCGUCGAGGGCGAGGGCGGCGUCGCCAUCAGCACGCGGUGGCUGAACCGCACGGUGCGCGUCGACGCGGCGAGGCGGCUGAUGACGGUGGAGGGCGGCAUGGUGCUGCGUGACCUGAUUAGGGAGGCCGCCGCGGCGGGGCUCGCGCUGCCGCACUCGCCGUACUGGUCGGGCGUCACGGUCGGCGGCGCGCUGGCGACGGGCGCGCACGGGAGCUCGCUGUGGGGGAAGGGGAGCGCCGUGCACGAGUACGUGGUCGGGAUGAGGAUCGUGACGCCGGCGGCGGCGAGCGAGGGGUUCGCUGUGGUGAGGGAGCUCGCCGCCGACGACCCUGACCUCGACGCGGCCAAGGUCUCCCUCGGCGUCCUCGGCAUUAUCUCUCAGGUAACCCUGGCCUUGGAGCCACAGUUCAAGCGGUCGGUAAAAUUCGUGAAGCGCGACGACGCAGACAUCGCUGAGAAGGUAGCGGUUUGGGGCCGCCUCCAUGAAUUCGGUGAUAUGGUAUGGUUGCCGGGGCAGCGGCAGGUGAUCUACCGUGAGGACAACCGUGUCAAUAUUUCGACGCCUGGAGAUGGUCUCAACGACUACUUCGGCUUCCGGGCGCAACCGACGCUAAGCAUGGUCGGCGCAAGGGUCAUAGAUGAGUGUCUAGAAGAGAAUCCAAUGUACACUGACACUGCCCGAUGCCUAGCAUCCCGUGCUGUCACCAAGAUGUUCGACCUCCUGGCGUACGGCUUCACCAACGACGGCGCCACCUUCACCGGGUACCCGGUGGUGGGCUACCAGCACCGCAUCCAGUCCUCCGGCUCGUGCAUGGGCAGCCUGGAGGAGAAGGACGACGGCCUCCUCCUCACCACCACCUGCCCAUGGGACCGCCGCACGCGGGGCGUCUUCGCCUACAACGUCGCCUUCACCGUCCCGCUCUCCCGCGCGCCGGCGUUCGUGGCCGACGUGUCCAGGCUCCGCGACCUCGACCCGGCGGCGUUCUGCCAGAUCGACGCCAAGAUGGGCGUGCUCGUGCGCUACGUCGCGGCGUCGUCGGCGUACCUCGGCAAGGCGGAGGACUCGGUGGACUUCGACGUCACCUACUACCGGAGCCGAGCCCGCGGCGCGCCGCGCGCGCACGCUGACGUGUUCGACGAGGUGGAGCAGAUGGCGCUGCGCGGGCACGGCGGCGUCCCGCACUGGGGGAAGAACCGGAACGCCGCGUUCGACGGCGCCAUCGCCAGGUACCCGAACGCCGGCGAGUUCUUGAGGGUGAAGGACAGGUUCGACCCCGAGGGCGUCUUCUCCAGCGAGUGGAGCGACCGGGUGCUCGGCGUCGGCGGGGCGAGCCCGGCCAUCGUCGGCGACGGCUGCGCCAUGGAGGGGCUCUGCGUGUGCUCCGACGACUCGCACUGCGCGCCGGAGCUGGGCUACUUCUGCCGGCCGGGGAAGGUGUUCACCGAGGCGAGGGUCUGCUCGUUGUUGCGAGACGCUGCCGAUGGCUACCUUCGCGAUCGUCAUGGCAAUGUCAGGGUUAAUGCAACUAGUACAGGGAAGCAUUCACUAUUGCACGAAUGAUUUUCCUAAAAAAACAAUAGGUUGGACACGGAUUAUAACUGGUCGUGUCUGUAAAAAUUGACUCGCACCAUAUAUGAAAAUCUUUUAUAGAUGUAUCUUAAGAAGCUAUAUGUAAAAAUAGGGCUUUUUUCCAGAAAAGCCUCUUAGGCGGCCACAGGGAAAUAUAUAUUUUUGCAAAUGGGCCUCUUAAAGUUUUACCCAAA